GGGGCCGUCUCGGAGACCCCGCGCCGACGGCUGCUCAAACAUCAGGCUGGCCCCCGAAAGGACCCUCUCCAAGUCCCCAGCUGGGGGCCCCGCGUAGACCUGGAGCGGACACCCCCUCCUUCCCUUCAUGAUUCGUUUGUAGCGCAGUGGCGAUGGAUGAUGAGGAUGGGAGAUGCUUACUAGACGUGAUUUGUGACCCUCAGGCCCUCAAUGACUUCUUGCAUGGAUCCGAGAAGCUCGACAGUGACGACCUCCUGGAUAAUCCCGGGGAGGCCCAAAGUGCCUUCUAUGAAGGUCCUGGGCUCCAUGUGCAAGAAGCUUCUGGCAACCACCUGAACCCGGAGCCCAGCCAGCCGGCCCCCAGCGUGGACCUAGACUUUCUGGAAGAUGACAUCCUGGGCUCUCCUGCAACAGGGGGUGGUGGCGGGGGCAGCGGGGGCGCCGACCAGCCCUGCGACAUCCUCCAGCAGAGCCUCCAAGAGGCCAACAUCACCGAGCAGACGCUCGAGGCCGAGGCUGAGCUAGACCUGGGACCCUUCCAGCUGCCCACACUGCAGCCCGCAGAUGGCGGGGCAGGUCCGACCGGUGCUGGAGGGGCGGCCGCCGUGGCUGCGGGGCCCCAGGCCCUCUUCCCGGGCAGUGCCGACCUGCUGGGGCUGCAGGCCCCACCCACUGUGCUGACCCACCAGGCCCUGGUGCCGCCCCAGGAUGUGGUCAACAAGGCCCUGAGCGUCCAGCCCUUCCUGCAGCCCGUGGGCCUGGGCAACGUGACCCUGCAGCCCAUCCCGGGCCUCCAAGGCCUGCCCAAUGGCAGCCCGGGGGGCGCCACCGCGGCCACACUUGGCCUGGCCCCAAUCCAGGUGGUGGGCCAGCCUGUCAUGGCGCUCAACACACCCACCUCCCAGCUCCUGGCCAAGCAGGUGCCUGUCAGUGGCUACCUGGCCUCGGCAGCCGGCCCCUCGGAGCCGGUGACCCUGGCAUCGGCCGGUGUCUCCCCCCAGGGGGCUGGCCUGGUCAUCCAGAAGAACCUCUCAGCCGCCGUGGCCACCACGCUCAACGGGAACUCUGUGUUUGCAGGGGCGGGGGCUGCCACGGCAGCGGCCAGUGGAGUUCCCUCGGGACAGCCGCUGGCGGUGGCCCCAGGCCUCGGCACGUCACCGCUGGUCCCGGCGCCCAACGUGAUCCUGCAUCGCACCCCCACGCCUAUCCAGCCCAAGCCCACUGGCGUGCUGCCCCCCAAGCUCUACCAGCUGACGCCCAAGCCGUUUGCCCCCACGGGCGCCACGCUCACCAUCCAGGGCGAGCCAGCGGGCCUCCCGCAGCAGCCCAAGGCCCCCCAGAACCUGACUUUCAUGGCCGGCAAGGCGGGCCAGAAUGUGGUGCUGUCGGGCUUCCCCGCGCCCGCUCUGCAGGCGAACGUCUUCAAGCAGCCACCGGCCACCACGACGGGGGCAGCUCCGCCUCAGCCCCCCGGGGCCCUGAGCAAGCCCAUGAGCGUCCACCUUCUGAAUCAAGGCAGCAGCAUCGUCAUCCCCGCCCAGCACAUGCUGCCGGGCCAGAACCAGUUCCUGCUGCCCGGCACGCCCGCGGUCCAGCUCCCGCAGCCGCUCUCAGCCCUGCCGGCCAACGUGGGCGGGCAGAUCCUGGCGGCCGCAGCCCCCCACGCGGGCGGACAGCUCAUCGCGAACCCCAUCCUCACCAACCAGAACCUGGCGGGCCCGCUGAGCCUGGGCCCCGUGCUGGCCCCCCACUCUGGGGCCCACAGUGCGGCCCACAUCCUCUCGGCCGCCCCCAUCCAGGUGGGCCAGUCGGCGCUCUUCCAGAUGCCCGUGUCGCUGGCUGCAGGCAGUCUGCCCACGCAGAGCCAGCCAGCCCCCGCUGGCCCCGCUGCCACUACCGUCCUCCAAGGGGUCACUCUGCCCCCCAGCGCCGUGGCCAUGCUCAACACCCCGGAUGGGCUGGUGCAGCCGGCCACCCCUGCCGCCGCCACUGCUGGGGAGGCCACGCCUGUCCUCACAGUGCAGCCCUCCCCCCAGGCGCCCCCAGCGGUCAGCACGCCACUGCCCCUGGGCCUCCAACAGCCACAGGCGCAGCAGCCCCCGCAGGCCCCCACCCCGCAGGCCGCCGCCCCGCCCCAGGCCACCACCCCCCAGCCCAGCCCAGGCCUGGCGUCCAGCCCGGAGAAGAUCGUCCUGGGGCAGCCGCCCUCUGCCGCAGCCACCGCCAUCCUCACUCAGGACUCCCUGCAGAUGUUCCUGCCCCAGGAGAGGAGCCAGCAGCCCCUCUCCACAGAGGGCCCCCACCUCUCCGUGCCCGCCUCGGUCAUAGUCAGCGCCCCGCCUCCCGCCCAAGACCCAGCCCCGGCCACCCCCAUCGCCAAAGGAGCUGGCCCGGGCCCUCAGGCCCCCGACAGCCAGGCUUCCCCGGCUCCGGCCCCCCAGGUGCCGUCCGGAAUCAUUCUCCAGAACAAGGCCGGGGGAGCCCCCGCCACCCCGCAGACCUCCGCCAGCCUGGGGCCCCUCGCCAGCCCGGCUGCCUCGGUGCUGGUCAGCGGGCAGGCCCCGUCCGGGCCCCCCGCCGCCCCUGGCCAUGCCCCGGCCCCAGCACCCAUGGCCACCGCAGGCCUCCCUCCUCUGCUUCCUGCCGAGAACAAAGCUUUUGCCAGCAACCUCCCAACCCUGAGUAUGGCCAAGGCCGCUUCGUCGGGGCCAGGGAAGUCCUCCGGGCUGCAGUAUGACAGCAAGCUGAGCAGCCUGAAGAAGCCCCCCACGCUCCAGCCCAGCAAGGAAGCCAAUUUCCUGGAGCAUUUGCACAAACAUCAGGGCUCAGUCCUGCACCCCGACUACAAGACAGCCUUCCCCUCCUUCGAGGACGCCCUGCAUCGCCUCCUGCCCUACCACGUUUACCAGGGUGCUCUCCCCUCCCCCAACGACUACCACAAAGUGGAUGAGGAGUUUGAGACGGUCUCCACGCAGCUGCUGAAACGCACCCAGGCCAUGCUCAAUAAAUACCGGCUUUUGCUCCUGGAGGAGUCCCGGAGGGUGAGCCCCUCAGCGGAGAUGGUAAUGAUCGACCGAAUGUUCAUUCAGGAGGAGAAGACCACCCUUGCCUUGGAUAAACAGCUGGCCAAGGAGAAGCCUGGUGAGAGGGGAGGGGAGGGAGAGGUGUCCCCACCCCCGUGGGCAGCGGAAUUAGGUUGGGGGCAGGAGUGGGUGCGCGGCCUUACCUCACCCCGCCACCAGGCGGCGCCUGAGCCCCGCCUUCCUGCCUGCCCGCGUCUCCCCCGACCUCCAGCCUCAGACCAGAGCCCUGCUUUUCUCCUCCUCCGUCACCGUCACCGUCCGUCCUUUCAUCCCCUCCAUCCUGGGAUGGGGGAGGCGGCCGAGCCCCCGCCCCGGCCCCCGCCGCCGCCGCCGCCCGCGGCCCAGAUGAACGGCACCGUGGACCACCCGCCGCCUGCCGCCUCGGACCGCAAGGCCGCCCACGGUCCCCGCCUGCCCCUGCGCAAGACGUACCGCGAGAACGUGGAGGCCCUGGGCGCAGGGGCCGCGGAGGGCGCGGCGAGCGGCAGAGCCCGGGGCGCGAGCCCGGCGCCGCUGCCCAGCAAAGUGGACGAGGCCACCAGCGGGCUGAUCCGCGAGCUGGCCGCGGUGGAGGACGAGCUGUACCAGCGCGUGCUGAAGGGCGCCCCGCCGGAGCCCGCGGCCGGCGCCGGGCAGGGCAGGGGGGACCCCGGCUGGGAGGCGCCCCCGCUGCCCCCCACCAAGCGGCGCAAGUCCGAGUCGCCCGACGUGGACCAGGCCAGCUUCUCCAGCGACAGCCCGCAGGACGACACGCUCACGGAGCACCUCCAGAGCGCCAUCGACAGCAUCCUGAACCUCCAGCAGGCCCCCAGCCGGACGCCCGCAGCCCCGUGCCCCCACGGUGCCCCGGCGGCCGUCACGCCCGCCCCGCCGUCGCCGCUGCACAGGCCCGAGCCCUACCCGCCCUCCAGCCACAACGGCGGCCUGGGCGCCAGGACGUUGAACAGAUAACACCCGGCUGGUCUUGCCUCCCCUGCCCCUCCCUCCGCGGACGCCAGGGGCAGCUGGGCGUGUGACCCCAGCCUCCUGGGACAUGAGCCGGGGAUCCCCUGACAGUUUUUCUUGCCUAAGUUAUUUGAGUCACAAAGGCCUCCUUCCCCGCCUCCUGCAUCAGCUGGGUUGUUGGGGGUGGGGGUGGUGGCUUGGAUUUAGGGGAGGGGGCUAAAAUGUAAAAUGUCCCCCCUGCCAAACGAGGGGCAAUCUGGUGUGUCCGUUCCUGUUUCUUCCCGCUUCCAGGCACACUCCGCCCCUCUGUCCCGGGGACACGUGCGUGUUUGCCAGGGACGGGCCCCACCCCGGAUGGUCUCCCUGCU